GGGCAGAGCUGUGGGGCAGCCCCACAAUGGCCGUCACCGUCGAUCCCUGGGAUUUGGGGGUCGUUGGGGGGUAUUUCCUGUGCGUCUUCGCCGUGGGGCUGUGGUCGUUACGGCGCAGCUCCCGUAGUUCGGUCACCGGGUACUUCCUGGCCGGGAGGAGGAUGGGAUGGGGAGCAGUGGGGGCGUCGCUGUUUGCGUCCAACAUCGGCUCGGGGCACUUUGUGGGGUUGGCCGGGACGGCCGCCGCGUCCGGAAUCGCCGUCGGGGGAUUCGAGUGGCACGCGAUGUUUAUGGUGCUGCUGCUGGGUUGGAUCUUCGUCCCCAUCUACAUGAAGGCGGGGGUGACGACGAUGCCGCAGUACCUCCGGAAGCGCUUUGGGGGCGCCCGGAUCCAAAUCUGCCUCUCGGCCCUUUCGCUGCUGCUUUACGUCACCACCAAAAUCUCCGUGGAUCUGUUCUCGGGCGCGGUGUUCCUGCAGGCGGCGCUCGGUUGGGAUCUGUACGGGGCGGUGGCGGCGCUGCUCGGAGUGACCGCAGUGUACACCAUUACUGGCGGGCUGACGGCGCUGAUGUACGCAGAUAUGGUGCAGAGCGCUGUGAUGGUGGGCGGAGCCUCCGUGCUGGCGGGAUACGCGCUGACGGCCGUAGGGGGGGUCCCGGCCCUCUUCCAUCGCUUCCCCCUUUCGCUGCCCCCCACAACUCAGCGCUGCCCCCAUCGCGCUUUGGCCCUAAAACUUCUUCGACCCCCGGGGGGGGAUCUGCCGUGGCCCGGAAUGCUUUUGGGAUUAGGGGCGACCGCCGGCUGGUAUUGGUGCACCGACCAGGUCAUCGUGCAGCGCUGCCUGGCGGGUCGCUCCCUGACCCACGUGCGGGGGGGCUGUGUGCUCUGUGGGUACCUAAAAGUGCUGCCUAUGUUCCUUAUGGUGCUGCCCGGCAUGGCCGCCCGCCUGCUCUACCCCGAGGUGGUCGCGUGCCCCGAUGCGGCCUCGUGUCGCCGCGCCUGUGGGGUCGCUUCCGGCUGCUCCAACGUCGCCUACCCCAAACUUGUGGUCGGCCUUCUGCCCCACGGGCUGCGGGGGCUGAUGCUGGCCGUGGUGCUGGCGGCUCUCAUGUCGUCCCUCGCCUCCAUCCUGGCCAGCGCCGGCGCCAUCUUCAGCCUGGAUCUCUAUGGGAGGCUGCGGCCGGACGCCACGCAACGGCGCCUCCUGGUGGUCGGGAGGCUGUUCAUGGUGCUGCUGGUGGGGCUGAGCCUGGCGUGGCUGCCGGUGGUGCGCGCGGCGCAGGGGGGGCGGCUGUUCGAUUACAUUCAGGCGGUGGGCAGUUUCCUCACCCCCCCCAUCGCCGCCCUCUUCUUCCUCGCCGUCUUCGUGCCCCGCGUCAACGAACCCGGUGCGUUCUGGGGCCUGGUCGGCGGGCUCGCCUUGGGGCUGGCGCGGAUGGUCCCCGAGUUCGCCAUGGGGACGGAAACGGCGUCGUGUCAGGCCGGAAGUGGGGAAACCGGAAAUAGUACCGGAAGUGGCUGGACGGGCGCGCUCGGCACCGGAAGUGCCGUCGCUUUCACCGGAAGCAGCUUCUCCAGCACCGGAAGCGGCUCUUCCGGUCCCGAAAUUAUCGGCGUCGGUAGCGGAAGUGUCGAGGUGGAGUACGGGGAGACCGGAAGUGGGUCGGCGUGGGGGGCGGGGCGCUGCCCGGACUUCCUGUGCGGCCUGCACUACCUGCACUUCGCCGCCCUCCUCUUCGUGGCCACGUGCGCCAUCGCCGUCGCCGUCUCCCUCUGCCACCCCCCCAUCCCGCGGCGACACCUGCACCGUUUGGUGUUCAGCCUCCGGCACAGCCGUGAACCCCGAGAUGACCUCGAUAGGGAGAGCAGCAGAGAUGGAGAUGUGCAGUUACGGGGGGUUGAAGUGAAGCCGAGCAGCCAAGGUGCGGAGCCAACCAGCGAGGGGGCGGAGCCAAGCACCAAAGGGGCGGAGCCAAGAAGUCAAGGGGUGGAGCACUGUGCCCAAGGGGCGGAGCCAAGCAACCAAGGGGCGGAGCCAAUAAAUCAAGGGGUGGAGCCUCACGCCCAAGGGGCGGAGCCAAGCAACCAAGGGGCGGAGCAAAGAAGCCAAUGGGAGGAGCCACAGCGCCAGGGGGCGGGGCCUCCCAGCCAAGGGGCGGGGCUUGAUGACCAAGGGGGCGUGGUCGAUGCUUUGGCCCCGCCCCCUGAAGACCCUCUAUGGAUCCGGGUGGUCAACAUCAACGCCAUCAUCAUGAUGGCGGUCGCCAUCUUCCUUUGGGGGUAUUUUGCCUGAUUGGCCCCCCCAAAAUCCCCCAAAUUUGACCCAAAAUGGCCCCAGAUUGCCAUCCACGCUCCACAGCAUCAGAUCUAUCCAUUAUUCACCCCCAAAAUGGCCCCAAAGUGACCCAAAAUGGCCCAAAAGUGACCUCAGAAAUGAUGGGAGUGUCACAAAAGUGCCCCAAAAUGGCCCCAACCGACCCCAAAUGACCCCAUAAUGACCCCAGAUAGCCCCAAAUUGCCCUCAACCUUCCAGACCAUGGAAUCUAUCCCAUAAUAUCCCGUAUUAUUCUCCCCGAAAAUGACUCAAAAUGGCCCAGUGGUGACCUCAGAAAUGAUGGGAGUGUCACAAAAGUGCCCCAAAAUGGCCCCAAAUGACCCCGAAAUGGCCCCAAAUUCCCAUAAAUCCUCCAGAACGUCACGUCUAUCCCAUAAUAUUCGCAUUAUUUGUCCCCAAAUGGCCCAUUGA